UCUGGAUUUUGUGUCCCGUUUCAGUAAAAAAAUUCAUAUUGUAUAAAAAUUGUAGACACAACAACAACCAGCACAAAAUAGAUCAUGUCUAAGGACGAGGAAGCCCAUUUGACGCCCCAGCUGAAAGAUCAUUACGAAAAGGAGGCAGAAAUCUUGGGUCUAUUGGUGGAUAUGGAGAAACGUUAUUGUGAUUAUUAUCAGUUCUAUCAAUGCGAACUCGAGACACAGAAAAUAAUUAUCGAACGUUUGUGGCUGUUAACCCAACGAUAUCUGAUACUGAUCAGCUCGGCGCCAGGCUGUCGUUAUCCCGAGGUGUAUACACUCUCCGCCGAGGAGGCGAUUAUCAAUGAAUACGAGGAGAAACUGGAAGUUUUGCGCUGCUCCAACAAUAGCAUAAAACACGCCAUUUUAGAUAUCAAUGUGGAGUGUAAGAAAUUCUAUGAGGCCUACAAUCAACUGGAUCACAGCCUGGAGACGCCCUUCAUAAUGGGCGAUAAACAUCAUCGGAGCAUCAAAUGCCACAAGCUAAUGGUCAUCGAUAUCUUUAAUUAUUUCUAUUCAGCAGUGCUCAAAAUGAAAUGCUAUAUGCAUCAAUUGGAUCCAAUUAGUUUGGAGAGCGUCGAGGAUUAUCGCGAGCUGCUCAAGGCGGACAGCAACAAUGAGGAUUUUUACGAAUUUCUAAUGAAAUCUUUCGUAUACUGCAAAUGCCUCCAGCCGAAACCCACCUGUCCCAUUGUGAAGGUACAGUGUAUGCAUGACAAGAUUGAAAAUCUAAAAUAUGUUAGCAGAGUCUAAAAAUAGACUAAAGCCAGCUGCAAGUGACUGAUACUACUAUUGAAAUAAAGUUU